CCCGGUCCCCACAAAAAGAUGGAAAGCCAAAAACAGACACCUGACCUUGAAUUGGUUCGAGAUGUGAAGAUGACCGGCAAUUCAUCGAUACUGCACCUGAUGCUGGCACAAGACAUUCUAGGACCUAGGAGACCAAGGAGAGAACGAGCGGGAUCCAUGACAUGAACACGGAUUCUCACAAGGCAAAGAUGGUGUAUAUUAUGAUGUAUGGAAAGACAUGCAAAUCGUACAAGAAGGAGGAACAACACAUGGAAAGAAAACCAAUAGAAACAAGAUAAAGAAAACCGAAAGAAAGAAGGACAUUGAGGAGACAGAACAUCAUGAACCACAAGCGGGAUGCCAGCCACAGAGCAAACGCAAACAAGGGGACGCAUCGUGGAGAUUGGGCAGUAAACAAUUUAUUGGGCAGCAAACAAUUUGGUACACAAUGCCAUAGAGCAAUAGUACUCAAAUCAAAGAAAUACCGAAAUAGUGGUCGAAAAUAUUCUAUCCCAUCCACAGUGCUUGAGGUGCUUGUACUCAGGUGAUCUACUCCUUGAGAUUGACAUUUUGUCGGCCAGUUUGCUGCUUUUCUACAUCAUGUUUACCAUGUUUUCGGUCCUCAAUGUAAUUACUGGAGUCUUUGUUGACACCGCUAUCCAGACAAGCAAUUCACAGCGGGAUAUUCAGAUCGAGCGCGAGAUGGAGCUCAAAGAUUCCUUCUUGAAGUCGCUUAAAGAUUUCUUUGAAGCAUUGGACACUGAUGGCAGUGGUUCUAUCCAUUUGGAAGAAAUCAAAAUCAUGCUUCAGGAUCCAACCCUCGCAGCAUAUUUUGCUGUACUCGGUUUCGAUGAAGUAAAUGCCAAUCAAAUAUUCCACUUGCUGGAUGAUGAUGAAUCUGGUGAGGUCAGCAUCGAGGAAUUCCUUGAGGGCUGUUCAAAGCUGAAGGGGGCUGCCCGGAGUAUUGAUGUUCACGCGUUGAUGCACCAGUGCAGGGCCCUUCACCGUGAGCUGAACUUUGUCGCAUCAAUGCUGGGCGUAGACAUGCACUCCAGCACGGCACUUGCCCACAGGCAUCCUUAUUGGAAUGGCAGAGGCUCUAGGCAUGUUGGUCGUGCGACGAACCUUCCGCCUGCAACUUCAGCAUAAAUCAUCCCAGUUGGCUUGCUACAGCUUGAUGUUCCUAGAAGGAACGAUAUAAGAGCUUUCACAUUUCUGUGAGUAGAUGUUUCCGAUGAAAAGGCGACAUGCCAGGAUCGAGAACAGGAUUUGCUUAACAUAGCGUGCUUCACCCAAAUGGGUUGCGCAAAGUGGACGAAGAACGCCAACCCCAAAGCUCCGGGAUGGCCUAGGUUUACAAAAAGCCGUGUGGGAGCAUCCCAAGUUUGUCCCUUUCAAUGCACAACUGCUUGUUCGAACCGCCAUUUGCAAUCCUUGAGCGAUUGACAGCCAUGUGGGAUCUAGCUUCAC